GGAAGGAACGAGCGCGUUUGAGGAGCUUCUUUUUUUUUCUUUUUUUUGCAGUCGCCCCUCCCCUCAGCGAGCGUUUUAUCCUAUCUGGUUGCGGUCCUACUUUCUAAUUCCUGCACUCUCUCGCAGUUUUACAUUGUGCCCAGUGCCCAACGGAAUGGUGGACUUUUACCGUAAGAGCGAACGGAACCAUACGGAAUGUGAGAGCUGAAGAGCUUUGUUGGAGACGUCGAACAGGGACACCUGACGUGACAGUCUCAAGCGCCCUGCGUUCUCUUGCGUAUGUAGCCUAUGUUUGAAACCUGUUCUACCGCAAAAGGCUGUGGGAAUGUGGGAUAUAAGUCAACGUAAAAGAGCCCAUGUUUCCCUGACAACAUGACGACAGAUCUGAGCCUGACGUCCCUCCUGAAUGUGUCUGAUCUCCACAACGUGACGCGGGGAGGAUGUUCCUUGACCAGGACAGGCUUCCAGUUCUACUAUCUACCUACCGUGUACAUCCUGGUGUUCGUCACCGGCCUGGUGGGGAACAGUCUGGCCAUCUGGAUGUUUGUCUGCCACAUGAGACCCUGGAGCAGCAUCUCCGUGUACAUGUUUAACCUGGCUCUGGCCGACUUCUGCUACGUCCUCUCCUUGCCCUUCCUCAUCUUCUACUACUUUAAUAAGACCGACUGGAUAUUCGGGGACGUUCUCUGCCGACUGCAGAGGUUUAUAUUCCACGUCAAUCUGUACGGCAGCAUCCUGUUCCUGACCUGUAUCAGUGUCCACAGGUACACAGGAGUGGUCCACCCGCUCAAGUCUCUGGGAAGGCUCAAGAAGAAGAACGCCGUGCUCACCAGCGCCCUGGUCUGGGUCGUGGUCAUAGCGAGUAUCUCUCCCAUCCUCUACUACUCUAGGACGGGGCAGAAACGGAACGCCACCACGUGUUACGACACGACCACGGAGGAUGAGCUGCCGGGUUACUUCAUCUACAGCAUGUGUUUGACCGUGUUCGGCUUCUGCAUCCCCUUCCUUCUCAUCCUGGGUUGCUAUGGGAUGAUCGUCAAGGCGCUGAUCUGUAACGACAUGAACAACGGCCCGUUGCGGCGUAAGUCCAUCCACCUGGUGAUUAUCGUGCUGGCCGUGUUCGCUGUGUCCUACCUGCCCUUUCACGUGAUGAAGAACCUGAACAUGCGAGCCAGGCUGUACUUCCAGGUCCCGGACAUGUGUGCCUUCAAUAACUGCGUGUACGCCACUUACCAGGUGACGCGGGGGCUGGCCAGCCUCAACAGCUGUGUGGACCCGGUCCUCUACUUCCUGGCUGGGGACACGUUCAGGAGGAAGUUGUCCAGAGCUACUAAAAAACAAUGCAAGAAGGGGGAGCUCCCACUGCAGUCCAAGAGUGAAGAGACGGCGCUCAACAGCCUGCCGGAGUAUGUCAAGAACGGGGAUGGGCAGCUUGAGAGAAGGUCAAAGUCCGGGUGGUCUCUCUGAACCUCUAUACUAUGUCAAGAACGGGGAUGGGCAGCUUGAGAGAGGGUCAAAGUCCGGGUGGUCUCUCUGAACCUCUAUAGGGAUUUUUUUGCUGUGAAUUGGUGCUGUGGAUCUUGCAAACUGUGUGUGGACUGUGUGUGCACUGUGUGUGGACUGUGUGUGGACUGUGUGUGCACUGUGUGUGGACUGUGUGUGGACUGUGUGUGCACUGUGGAUAGAAUGAUCUGGGUGGGAAUAGGACAAAGCUGAUGGCAAUGGGGUGGUGUCUCUGUAAUGUCAUCACUACUGUAGGUAGGUACUGUAUAUACUGAAGGUCAACUAGAUGCUCAUCCAUCCAUAACCAAACGGAAGGAGAGGUAUAAUAGAGCUCCUGUAAACAACAGUCUCUUGUUCCUCUAUCCAACCAACGCUGACGUUUUGUAAUGGAGAGAGGGCUGUGCUAGCCACCCAGUGGAUGCAUCAUAAUCCCUGCCGACUAGAAGUUGGACUGUAAAAUGGGUAGGUGAGACACCAGGGACGACUGAGAUCCAUUACCUAGAGUUUGGACCUCAUGACUGCUCUGUGGAGGUAAACCAACAGCGACUAUAAUGCACUCUGCAUGUUUUAAUUCUCAGAGACAUCUACAAAUUAAAUUAACCCCAAAGCUGACUGCUAUUCCCUUCUCACUUGUUCUCUCUCCUCAUGGUUUUGCCUCUGGAUCCAAAUUUAAACGUUUUUUUUUUUUUUUUUCAGUUGUGAUCCAAAUAUUUGCAUCGCUAAAAAUAAUUUCCAAAAUACAAUCUGGAAAACUAUUUUUAAUGCUAUAUUGAUUGUGUAAAAUGUAGCAAAUACUGUCUAUGACAAGGGAAACAACGUUCCCGCCUCGUUCAUUGUAUAUAAUGAAAGAUUUUCCCAGAUUCUUGAUGAAGAACUUGAGACUCACUGGCUUGAGACCACAGAAUUAUCCAAAAUUGUGCUGCUAAUAGAUUUAUAUUGUGAUUUGAAGAAAACAAUUUCAGAGAUGAAAUUAUAUAUAAAAUAAAAAAAAGUAAUUCAUCAUAAUUUCUAUAAACUUUUUACCUGGUUGGAGUCAUUUUUAAAUUCAGACUGGAGUAUUUAAAAAAAUAUAUAUUUUAAAAUAUAUAUAAAAAUAUAUAUGUAUGAAAAAUUACUCCAGUUUGAAGCAUUAUAAUAUGUUUCAUCAUGACCCACUCAAAAAAACAUCACACCAUCCAAAUUUGGGUCACGAUUCACCAGUUGAGAAUCGCUGUUCUAUGGCGUUACUCUGUGUGACAGCUACUUAGCUACAUUAACACCUGUGGUUUCUUUAUGUGGUUGUUCUGUUUCAGUACUGUCACUGUAUCUCUAUGGCGUGACCUGCGUCUGUCCUUGGUCUAUUUAUUCUACGUUAAUAUGAAGGGUCUAUAUACUAGUCUCAUGUGAAUAGGACACAGUACAGUAAUAUGCUGUAAUAUAUUUAAUGUGUUUAGUGGGAUUACUGUACAGUACAUGGUGUCAAGCCCAGUUAUGUCUUUCUUUUUUUUCUUUUUUUAAACAAGACUCAUCCAGACUGUUAAGUUAUGAACCCAGUGUUAUUAUCGGGAGGCAACUUACUUACCAGUGACAAACCACGGCAGCCAUCUUCUGUGAAGUUUUGUAAUUGUUUUAUAUGCAUGCAGAGAAGAUGGCAGGUGACCGUAAGAAUUAGAAUGAGUAGGACAGACAUUCAUGGAAGCAACGGUACCCGGUGUGUGUGUGUGUGUGUGCAAAACGAGCGUCAGCUAUAUCAAGUGUCAUUUUGGCGUUGUUAAAUCAAAUUGGAUGAUGAUCACCUGUCCAGUGUUCUGUACACACACACUAAUAAUGUAAAACAUUUGUCUUUAAGCCACCGUUCUUAGUAGUUCGGGGGAAAAUAGCUACUAGAACUCUGUAACUAUGUACAAUAUGUUAUUCUAGUUCUCCAUCGUCUUCCUAGUGGAGCCAUUUUUCUGACUGUUCCUGAACUGGGCAUCAACUCUAGCAGCUCCGCAGAUGUUUAUAGUAGACAGUAGUAUUGUAUGUAGAACGACUGAUAAUUGCAUGAAAUGCAUAAGUUAUACCCCCGCCCAAACCCAUAUUAUCGGGAGAUAUGUAGACCUGAUGAGGAAGUGAAUAUGAUCAUAUAUGCCUUCUAUAGAGAUCUGUGAGAUCUGCACAUUUGCUGCUCAGGUCAGGGGUUCUCAUGUUGUACAGCAUUUUGGGGGGUCAGUUAUGAAUGUGUGAAUAAAUGUUUUAUAUAAAAACUUGUAAAA